CGGAAGUGAAAAUGGCAUUUAGAUUGGUGUAUCAGGUGUGGAGGAGAAUAUUUCGAAGGAGAUCAUGCACAACAAUUAAAAGCUGAACGAGGCAGAUAAAGAAACAGUUGAUGUAGAACAUGGCUACCAAAUUGUGGAACCUAUUGCUGGUCGCUGCAUCAGUCCAUCUGGUUGGCUCUGUUGAACAGCUGCAUCAAGAUCUGAUCCACGAGUUCUCUUGUGGACACAAAUAUUACCGCACAUUUCAUUUGGAUGAAAAACGAGAGUCACUUUAUGUGGGUGCACUUGACAAAGUGUACAAACUGAACUUGACCAAUAUAAGUUUGUCAGAUUGUGGAAGAGAUUCAUUGACUCUUGAACCAACAAAUAUUGCAAAUUGUGUUUCCAAAGGGAAGUCAGCAGACUUUGAUUGCAAAAACCAUAUUCGUGUAAUUCAGCCAAUGGGUGAUGGAAGUCGUUUGUAUAUUUGUGGGACAAAUGCUCAUAGCCCAAAGGAUUGGGUUGUGUAUUCAAAUUUGACCCAUCUACAGAGACAUGAGUACGUUCCAGGUAUUGGUGUAGGUAUUGCGAAAUGUCCUUUCGAUCCUGAAGACAGCUCAACUGCAGUUUGGGUAGAGAAUGGGAAUCCAGGUGAUUUGCCUGGUUUGUACAGUGGUACAAAUGCAGAGUUUACUAAGGCAGAUACAGUCAUUUUUCGCACUGACCUCUAUAAUCUCACAACAGGUCGACGGGAAUAUUCUUUCAAGCGUACUCUGAAAUAUGACUCAAAGUGGCUUGAUAAUCCAAAUUUUGUGGGUUCAUUUGAUGUAGGUGAAUAUGUGCUUUUCUUUUUUAGAGAGACUGCAGUGGAAUACAUAAACUGUGGUAAAAGUGUUUACUCACGUGUUGCCCGUGUAUGCAAGAAGGAUGUUGGUGGAAAGAAUAUUCUCAGCCAAAAUUGGGCAACAUUUCUUAAAGCACGUCUAAACUGUUCCAUUCCAGGGGAAUUUCCAUUCUAUUUUAAUGAGAUACAAGGUGUUUAUAAGAUGCCUAACACAGAUAAAUUUUUCGGAGUGUUCAGUACUUCGGUAACAGGACUUACUGGCUCAGCUAUUUGUUCUUUCACUUUGAAAGACAUACAAGAAGUGUUCAGUGGAAAGUUCAAGGAGCAAGCUACUAGCAGCUCAGCCUGGUUGCCUGUUCUACCUAGUAGAGUCCCAGAUCCACGUCCAGGAGAAUGUGUCAAUGAUACUGAAUUGCUCCCAGAUACGGUUCUUAAUUUUAUACGUUCCCAUCCAUUAAUGGAUGGAGCAGUAUCUCAUGAAGGUGGAAAACCAGUAUUUUAUAAGAGAGAUGUCUUGUUUACGCAGCUAGUAGUGGAUAAAUUGAAAGUUAACUUGGUGGGUAAGAACAUGGAAUAUAUUGUUUACUAUGCCGGGACAAGUACUGGUCAGGUAUAUAAAGUUGUCCAAUGGUAUGACAGUGGUGGGCUGCCUCAGUCACUACUAGUUGAUAUUUUUGAUGUCACACCACCUGAACCAAUCCAAGCACUACACUUAUCUAAGGAAUACAAAUCUUUGUAUGCUGCAUCAGAUAAUAUAGUGCGUCAGAUAGAACUGGUUAUGUGUCAUCACCGUUACAGCAAUUGCUUGCAGUGUGCUCGGGAUCCUUACUGCGGAUGGGAUAGAGACUCGAACUCAUGUAAGUCAUACACCCCAGGACUUCUUCAGGAUGUUACUAAUACAAGUGCAAACUUGUGUGAACACAGUGUAAUGAAAAAGAAACUGAUUGUUACUUGGGGGCAAAGCAUACAUCUUGGAUGUUUCUUAAAAGUACCAGAAGUAUUAAGCAGUCAGACAAUAUCAUGGGUCCAUUACACUAAAGACAAAGGCCGCUACCCUAUAGUUUAUAGGCCAGACAAAUACAUUGAAACAUCAGAGCAUGGCUUAGUAUUAAUAUCAGUUACAGAUUCAGAUUCUGGUCGUUACGAUUGCUGGUUAGGUGGUUCUUUGCUUUGUAGCUAUAAUAUAACAGUAGAUGCCCACAGAUGUUCAGCACCUGGGAGAUCUAAUGAUUACCAGAAAAUAUAUUCUGAUUGGUGUCAUGAAUUUGAACGUUCUAAGAUAGCAAUGAAAACAUGGGAAAGAAAGCAGGCACAAUGUAGCACAAAACAAAACAACAGUAACCAGAAAACACAUCCAAAUGAUAUAUUUCACAGUAAUCCUGUAGCAUGAUUUGCAAAAGGAAAAAUGAUCUUGUUUUCCUCUUUCUGUGUUGCCUUCUGGUUAACAUUGUUGAGAACUUAGUGUUCUUACAGUGUGAAAUGCAUUGAAUCAGAUCAUCUUUCUGAAUGUGUGCUUGCAUCAACAACAACUUGUAAAAAGCAAACAAAGCUUUCUUUUAUUUAAUAAGAGAAUGGAACUUUUGAAUCUUUUAUAAGUAACUUGAAUGUGUACUUAUCAACAUACUGACUGUUGGAGGAUUAUUAGACUCAAUUUGAACACAAUAAGUGUGCUACUAUAUAAUGUUUCCAGUUUCCCUGAUGAGAAAGCAUUUAUCACUUUAUGCUGUGUUAAUUUGAAUGUGAGAGAUUUAAAUUCUAACUGUAUUAAAUCCAGUGACCAAUGUCUGUAGUGUUCCAAAAAUUAGGUCUCAUCAAUGGCAUUAAGAUUUAUUAAAGGUUUUGUGUUGCUGAUCAAGACCAGAAAUGAAUUAUUAACUCAAAGAGUAGAUGCAUUGUAGUAUUUUAUGUGGAGUGCAGAUUCUCUCUCUCUCUCUCUCUCUCUCUCUCUCUCUCUGUGUGUGUGUGUGUGUGUGUGUGUGUGUGUGUGUGUGUGUUUUUUACUAAUAAUGUAUUUUAUUUUAUUCAUAUCUGAAAUGAUAAAAAAAAGACUGCAAUUAAUAUGCACACAUUAUUUAAGAAGGAAAUUGUGUUAAUGCACACACCCACACACACACAAAAUAUUAUUCUAAUUUUUUACAUAAGUUUUCUUUUAUAAACUUAGGCUUCCACAGCCAUUGUCACAGUCAGUAAAAUUUAUCUGGUUUUGAGACUGCACUGUCGUUGUGUAAAACCACUGACAUUUCAGUCACUGUUAGAAGUGACCUUCAGGGUGUAAUUUUACAUAUUGAUAAUGUAGUCACAGACCCACAAAAAUUUUAUUGACUGUUUUCUUACUUUUUUUGAGUGCACUUUCAUAGAAAUAAUUUCUCCCAGUGCAUAAUGGAGUCUUCAAGUGGCAACAUUGAUGUGCACACAAAAUCUAAGAAAAGUCCAAAAAUGUGAGGUACAAAUUGUAAUAAAGAUAGGUUUAAAAAAAACUGUAUUCAUUGAAUACAGAACCUGUGAGUGAACUGUAUCAGAUGUAAUUUUUUAGAUCCUGUCAUCCGAAAGUGGAGGCUUCAUUUUCUCUAAUUGAAAUGGCAAAACAAGAAAAGGAAAGGGGGAAAAGAUUGCCAUAAGUCUAUUCAAAGUAUGAAAUUAAUGGUACUGGAAGGAAAAUGAUAUGUAAAAUUAUUUAGUAUUAUUUAUUGUCUUUACUGUGGAUUUCGAAUAAAAUGCACUUAUGACUGUGCAAUUAUGCAGACACUGAACUUAGAAUUCAUUAUCAGUAGUUAUUCCUAGAUAUUUCUGCAUAUACACAGCAAAGGCGGGAGUGUGGACUCUAAAUUUGCUUCAGGGAUGACAUUGUAUGUUUAUAUCAUCUGUGCCAGGUAAUUAUUCUUGUUUAGUCUGGAAAUCGCACUCAGUACAUUCUUUUGUAGACUUGUUCAUGUUGACAUUGUGUGUUGCGCAUGCUGAUACUGCAUCAGUUUGUUAAAUGGGAGUUCCAUGAUUACUGAUUUCACAACUGAAGGUGGUCUGAAGAGAGAAGUUUUGGAAAGGUUACACCCAUGAGGCUCCUUGAUAAGUGUCAUUACUUAAUUCUGUAUACUGUUACAAUAAUUUUGUGUGUGUCUAAGGAAUUCUUCUGUUGUCUUAUAGUUUCAUUUGAAAAUGUGAAGUAGUAUUUAAGUUGUAUAUUGAAGUUUUUAUACUAAAAACUUUGAUUUGUUUAUAACUUUGUGACUGAAUUCACAACAGCUCUGUGAAAGUGGUACAUUCAUAGUGUGUGUUACUCAGUGUUGUUCGUCAUAUUGUGAACAGAAACGUGUUUGUUAAAAGAAUGUGGUUCAGUUUAAUGAACAAAAGUAACAUGUUUGUACUGAUUUUUAAAGUAUUAUAAUCAUUUUACGUUUAAACUUGUGUGUUUUAUACAAAAUAAAUAUCUUUAUCAGAUGCAAA